CUGAUUUUCUUAAAAUAGACCUACAUUUAGAUCGUUUCAAAACAUCGAAAGGGGAGGUGGAAUGUUAACAUAGAGAAUCAAUCCAUAUUUAAUCAUCAACUCUUGUUACAGCUUUCUCACCGACAACAUCAAGCACUGAAGAGUCAGCCGCCACAUAAGCUGUUCUAUUGUUGGUUACUAAUCACGGAAAGGACGACUGUGAAAUUAAAAUGGUUGAUAUGUUUUGGAAAGCUGGAUUCAUAUUCGGCAUAUGUGUGCUCCUGCCAAUAGUAAAGGGGUAUAACUGUACAGCGGAUCUGAACUCCAUCAUAGAUGCAGCACUUGUUGACAAUAAAAGAAUAAUCCAACUGGAUCUACAGAAUUCAACCGACACCAGAAGUGAUUGUCCAUUAUUUAAACCUACGAGAUGGUUUCUGGUCCGUGGCGACAGAUCAAAUCGUUUGCUUCUGUUGAUAUAUUAUUACUAUAACUUCUUUGAAUCGUUUAUCCCAUUAACAAAAAACAAAACCAUAACCAUCGGAAAUAAGACACAUUCUGAUACAGAACAAUGUUUAUUACAAUCAGUUGUAGGGACAGAUUUCAAUGAGGUGUGUUCAAUGUUUAUUAAAAACCAAUUAGGUUUUGGAAUAUUAGUUUAUCACUGUUGUAAACUGAAUGAAAAUUGUGUUGAUAUAGUGGAAGAUGCGGCGGUUUGGAUCUUGCGACUCUUUUUCCUCCUGGUCACAAUAUUUCUCUUUCUUUAUUUCCCCAAAUUCCUACCUCAAAAAUAUGCACGUCCCAUAUUCAGGUUUAACCUCAUUCCACCGAUGAUUCUGAAAAUUGUUAAAACGAAAACCCCUGAUAAAUAUAACAUAAAAGGUACCCGCGUCCCAUCCGUCAUUUUUGAUCAAAUGAGGGAUCUAACCAGAAGUAUGAAGAAUGCAGCUAUAGUAAGAGAUACUAUUUAUGAAGUCAAGAUAAAAGCUGUAGAUCUAUUAAUUCAUCGAGUAGAUAUUUUAUCAGAAAGUGAUCAGGCUAUUAGUCUGACAAAACUAUUAUAUGAUAUGAUUAUUCGAUGUAAAAUCCGCCGAGUUAAACCUAUCAAGCAAUGUCUGGAUACCCCAAUUUGUGGCUGUUUGACGAAAUCAAGUAAACCAAUUCGUCUCAUGUCCUGUUUGAAUAUACUUAACACUACAUUCAUCUAUACUGUGCUCGCUCUUCCAGCCAUCCCAUUCUUUUACUUGAUGUCAGCGGACGGCCUGGAAUAUCAAGACUUAGGACAACAAAUAGAAUCCUGUGGUCUACGUCAGACAUCUAGUUUUUAUAUAGGAACCGAGGCAGGUAAAGUCAUAACAGCCAUUUUAUGCUUGUUGUAUGCAGUGUAUGUACUUAUAGCUAUAAUGUCCAACAGUAUUCAAGAAGAAAUGGCAGACCUCAUGACUGACUCAAUUAAUUCAUCACACAAAAAACACAAACCACUUUCUAUGCGUGUUUUGGAACUUUUGACGAAACCUUUUACUAAAUGUGGUACAUUUUUCGUCCCUUUUUUUAUAAUAGGGCUCCUCCUCAGUCCUUUAAUCCUCCUGGUUUUCGCCAUUUUUGCGUCUCCUGUUAUGCGGAUGCUGAUUCGCCCAUGUAAGAAACUAUGUUGCUCUGAAGGUUUCAAAUUUUACUCCAAUCCGAUUACUUGUGGACCAAAAUUAUCAUCGUUUUUAUGUCUGACCUUAUUAUCAGUGUUUGUUAUUUUAACAAUAGGAUUUAACUUUUUAUUACAUGCUGUGUGUAUGGGUAUCAUCAAUAUCUUGAUUAACUUAAGUGAUGCAAUGAGCAUUGUGUCGUUAUGUAUACUCAUUGGGAUUUAUGUCCGGGACACUUCUAACAGCCUAACUGGAAAGUAUGAUGCAUAUCACAAGUCUCUAUUGCUGGAUGUCACCGCUGUUAAAAAGGAAUCCGUGUUAGCAGAGUCAAGAAAAAGAUAUGAAGACCAAACUAACAUGGCGUUUCAGCAUACAGCCGCAGAUUUUGUUGACGACAAUUCCAUAGAGAACGGACUUGUUGAUGAAAGUCCUCCAGCGAUAUGGGAUGUUAAAAAUGGUUAUCUACGCAUGUGCAUAAAGGGAAUUGUAUUAUUUUUAGAUAGAAAUGAUAUACCGUAUAUACCACACGCGUUCUUUCGUGAAAUGACGAAAAUAAAUUGCCCCGGAUGUCCCGGAACUAUAAGAUCUUCUAUAAUUGAAGCCCUGAAGGAUUUAGGAAGGAUUGUGCUAUUUUUAUUUUUUCUAUUUAUUCUACUAUUGGCGUAUGGAGACACACUAUACGUAUCACCCACUAGUAAAUUAUUUGCUACCAUUGCAACGGGUCUCAUUCCACUUCUUCUCCGUUCUUUCUUUUUCAAAAAACCGCCAAUUCCUUCACUGGAUGCCUCUAAUGUCAGAUUUCAGAAUAUUUUCCGAGACAAAGUUCUGAAAUUUAUGAUGAGAUGGCCAGUUGUUGACGUAGAAUUAGAAUUCACAACAAAUUGUAAUGUGAAUUUACCGCAAGCUGAAGUUGAUUUAAUAUUUGAUGAUGACGUCACUCAUGACGACAUAGACUGUGGUGACUCUAACGAUGGUUUUGUUCCUGAUGAAGAUGGAGAACUGGAAGAAGACGAAGUAGGUGGAGAAAAAGGAGAAAUCAUUGAAGGAACAAAUGCAGAACUACCAGUAAAACCCAAAGAAAGACAAUUGGGCGAUAAAGAAACCCCUUUCUGAUGUAUAAAAUUGACUUUAAUAUAAAAUCGCUCUCUUGGUAACACAUUCCAAACUACCACUAACAUCACUCGUAUCCUGGCGACUGAUUGACGAUUCCGCCACGAGAAAAACAGUCAUAAACGUGUCCCCAUUUUCUGUGUAUUGAAGUUUUACAUUGCGUCAGACCUGGCAAAGUAUAGAAUAACAAAAUAUUAGCAUACCCAUCCUCACCCCCCCCCCCCAGCACAUACACACACAUUAGAAUCGGAUACACUGUCAUUGUAUAGAGGGGUGCCAGGUUCAAAGGGAUAGCCAAUCAUAAUCUGAAGAGAUUAUGGUUAUCAGAAGUAAAACAGAUUUUUUUUUUUAUCUUAAUUCGUAUAUAUAAUUUGAAUAUAAUCAAUUUUUAUCUUUUAAUAUUAAAAAUGUCUCAGUUAUUGUAUAUGUAUAUAUUUUAUUAUAAUUGAUGUUUAUAAAACAUUGUAUUGCUAUAUUUCCAGAUCAAUAGCUUCCAAUAAAUAGAAUUUGAUCUCAAAACG